AUGAGGCAACACAGAUGGGUAGAACUCCUUAACCACUACGCAUGCGCAAUCAAGUAUCAUCCAGGCAAGGCCAAUGUGGUGGUCGACGCCCUCAACAGGAAGGAAACCAAACCUAGGCGUGUUCGUGCUUUACAGCUCACUAUCCACUCGAAUCUCCCUGGACAUAUUCGUAUUGCUCAAGUUGAAACACUCAAGACAGAAAACCUUCCAGCCGAAUCCCUGCGGGGUAUGGAGAAACGGUUGGAACUCAAGGAUGAUGGUAUUCGUUACGUUGCUGGUUGCAUUUGGAUUCCAUCUUAUGGGAAUCUCCGACAACUUGUGAUGAACAAAGCGCAUAAGUCACGCUACUCGAUACAUCCUGGUGCUGAUAAGAUGUAUCACGAUCUCAAGAUUUUGUAUUGGUGGCCUAACAUGAAAGUUCUCAUUGCUAAGUACGUUAGCAAAUUUCAAGCCAACAAGGAACGUGAAGACUACCUCAGCGGAUUGUUUGAAUAUAGGAGAGCGGAUUAUGAAGAUUUCAAUGGUCCAUCCUCAUAUUAUCCAUACGAUAAUCCACCACCACCACAUUUUCAAGAGUACUACUAUGAACCCGAAUUGCCACAUUUCUCAAGUUACCGGGAGGUGUAUGAUGAUUAUUACAAUGAAUACCCUCAACCGGCAUAUGAGGAACCUCAAGAUUCGAUAAAUUUGAUGCCAUCAUGA